UAACCGUAAAUCGUAAAGUGAUAAAAACAAAACAAAUGGAGAAAUUAUUAUAAAUUAUAUCUAUAACCCUACAUCAAAAAACUUGUUUAUAUUAAUUAUAAAUACCCUAAAUAGCGUUCAAUGGUUUAAUAAAAAUUUAACUUUUCUUUGCCUACGUGCUUGUUAAUCCAUUUGUCUAGAGUUUUACAUCAUAUUGUUUAUCUACUGUUAGAAAGGAAAUUUAUGUUUUCUCUUAUAAUAAUUAAAAAUGAAUUCAGCUAGUACUACUACUACACGUGAUUCAGUUCUGGACGUGCUACAGCGGGCCUCCAGUCAAGAUCCACAUAUUUUGAAGCCUGCAGAGCUUACACUCCAAGAAUGGGAAACUCAGCCUGGAUUUUAUAGUGCCCUCUAUGACGUAAUUUCAAAUCACACAUUACACAUAAACGUAAGAUGGAUUGCAGUGUUAUACAUGAAAAAUGGUAUUGACAGAUACUGGAGAAAAAAUGCACCCAAUGGAAUUUCAGAGGAAGAAAAGUCACACAUAAGACAAAAUCUUCUAGCAAACUUCACAGAGCCAAUCACUCAAAUUGCCUUACAGAGGGCAGUGAUAAUAUCAAAAGUAGCAAGGAUAGACUGUCCCAAAGAUUGGCCCACUUUAUUUCCUACAUUACUGCAAGCAGUUGAAAGCACUGACAGUGUGGUGCAACAUAGAGGCUUGCUCACUUUACAUCAAGUGGUUAAGGCUAUAUCGUCUAAAAGAUUACCAGGUGACAAAAAGCUUUUCCAAGACUUCACAAACCAAAUUUAUCCAUAUAUUCUAAACUUAUGGAAUAUCUUGACUGAUCAUUUUAUACAUGACGUGAUGCAAGGUGUGGACUCUCAAAUUGUCCUAUUGCACUUGGAAGAAGCGCUGUUAACGUUAAGAAUAUUAAGAAAAUUAUCAGUUUUUGGUUUUUUCAAACCGCAAACUAGUAAAGAAUGUAUGGAAUUUUUGCAGCUUAUUUUUCCAAAGGCUAAGGCUAUGUUAUUAUGCUAUAAAGAAAUGAAAAGUAAAGGAUCCCAAGAGCUUGAAAGGUGUGAAAAGUAUAUAAUUCACUUAACAAAGGUACUGACUUCCAUGCUCGAUACACAUCCAUAUUCAUUUAUUGAUUUAAUUCAACCCACGUUAGAAUUAUGUACCUACUACCUAUUUACCGAUGAGGGAAUAACAUUUCUUUUUGAACGAUUCGUUAUCCAGUGUUUUAAUUUGAUUAAGGAAAUUUUACUAUGUGCCGAGUACCGAAAUGCAAAACUCCCAAAGUCUCUGGAAAAAGAAAAAGCUUCCCAGAUAAAAGAGAACUUCUUUACCCCGGAAGUAGUGCAGGAUAUUUUCCGAAAAUUAGCGGGACAUUAUUUUAUUUUGACCCAGGAUGAAUUGGAGGCCUGGGAUGCGGAUCCUGAGGGAUUUUCUAAUGAGGAAUGUGGCGAUAGUUGGAAAUACAGUAUAAGGCCAAGUAUGGACACAGUAUUCGUAACAAUUUACCACGAAUAUAAACAUAUAUUAACCCCGGUCAUAUUAGAAUUGAUUAAUACCACGAAUAUGAUCGUACCUCCCGAUGAUAUGCAACAGAUUUUAAAAAAAGACGCUAUAUAUAACGCGGCUGGUUUGUGUGCAUUUGAAUUAUAUGACGAGGUGGAUUUUGAUAGCUGGUUUACAAACACCUUAGUACAUGAACUAAGAAUCAAGCAUAAUAAUUACAGAGUUAUCAGGAGAAGAGUGACUGCCUUGAUAGGUACUUGGACUGGAAUUAAAUUAUCGAAUGAGUUAAAACCUGCGCUUUAUGAAUGCGUGGUUGGGUUGUUGAGUCCCGAAGAAGAUAUGGUGGUGCGAUUAACUGCGGCAUCAACCUUACGAUACGCCAUCGAUGACUUCGAAUUUAACAGCGAACAGUUCAAAGACUAUGUUUUUAAUGCAUUUGAUUUAUUAUUUGGAUUGUUAAAGGAGAGUAACGAGUGUGAAACGAAGAUGCAAGUCUUAAAUGUGAUGUGUCUUUUGCUGGAACGGAUGGGUAACACGAUUGUUCCGCACUCUAAAGCGCUUGUUCAGUAUUUACCACAUUUAUGGCAAGAAUCCGAGGAGCACAAUAUGUUGCGAUGCGCAAUCGUUUCGACGCUGGAGCAAUUAAUCAAAAGUAUUGGAGGAGUACCCGAGGAAUUAAGCCAGUUUCUUAUAGCAAUAAUUCAGAUGGGCACCAACACGAACGAAGGUCGAGUAUAUUUGUUGGAAGACGCCUUAGAGUUAUGGUUAUCGAUGUUGGAAUAUUCGUCGAAUAUGACAAACGACUUUAUGCAGCUGUUUAAUAAUAUGCCUUCUUUAUUAGAAUACUCUACAGAAAACCUCAGAAACUGCCUUUACCUCAGCUUAGUACAUUUGCUAUUAGCGCCCGAAUUAGUAAUGCAAAACCAAGGCAGUCAAUUAAUGUUUGCUUGUGCCUCGAUAAUGGGAGACUUAAAAAACGAAGGAAUCGUUAUGUUAAUGCGGCUGGUUGAAAGUUUUAUCAGAGCUUCACCUCAGUUGGGAAGUGAAACUGUACAGCCCAUUUUACCCAAGAUCUUUGAACGAAUAUAUGAUGGAGAAGAGUACCCUUUAAUAAUGGCAAUGUAUUUAUGCAUAUUAAGCAGAGUACUGUUAAGUUCACACGAUGUAUUCGGAAGAGUCAUAUCACAACUAUCUCAGAUAAAAAAGGAAAGCGAUCAGGAAGUUUUAGGCAAAAUUUUAGAUAAAUGGUUGCUAAAAAUGCCAAAUGUUUCUCAAUUGGACCAAAGAAAAUUGUUAGGUCUAGCAUUAGCAAACCUACUAACGACUCAAUCCGAGACAGUUUUUCAAAGGUUUAAGCUAAUAAUGCAAAACAUUAUGGAAAUACUAAACGACAUAACGAAAUUAGAGAAUGAAAUCGUGGUAGAUUCUUUGGUGCUAUGUGAAGGUCAAAGUCCUAGCCAUUUCGAUGAUGACCUAGGAUAUUAUACAAGCGAUCACGACCAGAGGAAAAGGCAGCUUAUUCUGAACGAUCCUGUACAUACUAUUGUGUUUAUGGACUAUAUUAAUUCACAGUUGUUCGCCCUUAAAAACCAAGCUGGUCCUCUAUAUCAGGAACUAAUUAAUACCGUCGAACCGGACGUGAUUAUGCAACUAAGUGGCUACAACAUAAAUAUUUAGUUACACUUUGUUUCAUAACUUGAUUGUCAUUAUUUUAUUAUUGUUACUUCUGUAUUUAUAAUUUUUUUCGUAAAAUACAAGCAUUAAAAUAA